AUGGCGGCACCCUUUACCACUGAACGCCAUGUGAAAUACUAUCUGCGCUGUCUAAAGACCUUCCUACCUUCGGCCUAUACCUCCAAUGACUCAAAUCGCAUGCUCCUCGCCUACUUCAGUCUUUCUGGACUAGAUGUCCUAGGCGUUCUGCAGGCCAAAACCACCCCGGAGGAAAGACAAUCAUACAUCAACUGGCUCUACCACUGUCAGGUACCUUCUGGAGGAUUUCGAGGAUUCCCAGGGACAGACUUUGGAAAGGACAGACGCACAGCUGCCAAUGCAGUCUGGGAUCCGGCCAACGUACCGGCUACAUUCUUUGCGCUAGUAAACCUGCUCAUUCUGGGCGAUGAUCUAUCUCGUGUCAAACGACGGGAAUGCCUUCAAUGGCUCCCUAAUUUACAACGUGCCGAUGGAAGCUUUGGAGAAGUUCUAGGGCCCGAUGCAAGAAUUGAGGGCGAUCGCGACCUACGAUAUUGUAUGUGUGCAGCUGGCAUUCGGUAUAUGUUGAGGGGAAGUAUGAGCAAAGGCGUUGAAGAUGUAGAUGAUAUCGAUGUGCCCGGCUUCAUGUCAUUCAUCCAAGCAUGCCAGGCUUACGAUGGCGGAAUGGCCGAAUCCCCCUUCCGUGAACCUCACAGUGGACAUACAUAUUGUGCAGUUGGAUCUCUAGACUUUCUGCGUCGGGCAGGCACAGACACCCAAGCGGUUCCCAUGCUGUCACCGGGCUCGGGGAAGUUUGAUAUGCUGCUUGCGUGGCUGGCAUCGCGGCAAACGGGUGAACUCGGUGAGGAAGAGGAAGAGGAGGACGAAGGUGAGGACGAAAGGGAAGAAAGUGCAGCGGAUAUGCAGCCGACCGAGGUGACAAGAUCACUGGAAGAAGAAAUCACCGCAUUGCCUGGUUUACCUGCAUUGACAGCCGACUCAAUACCAUGCGCUGGAUUUAAUGGCCGGUGUAACAAACUUGCCGACACCUGCUAUUCCUUUUGGAAUGGGGCGACACUAAUGAUGUUGGAUCGAUACUCAGUGAUUGAUGACGUGCGCAACCGGCGAUAUCUUCUUGAGAAAGUGCAACACUUGGUGGGUGGAUUUGGAAAGACUGUUGGAGAUCCUCCCGAUCUCCUCCACUCUUACUUUGGCAUGGUGUCAUUAGCUUUUCAGGGAGAAGAAGGAUUGGCGCGUGUUGACCCUGCACUGGUCACCACCGAGCGAGUUGUGCAGCAUCUUGAAUCUCUUUCGUGGCGGUCAUAG